AAAAAAAAGAAGUGUAAUUUUUAAUUUUUUUGCUAUUAUACACAAAGAUGAGUAAAGCUGAUUUUAUAAUUUAAAAGGACUGCAUGAAGACUUGGUUUUUUCGUGUUUGAGGCAUGGCCACCCCUGCUUUAAAGCAAAUUAAGAUCAAAGGUGGUGUUGUGAAAAGAAUUGCAAAAGAAGUUUCCUAUUAUGAAAAAGAAAUUUUGAGAGAGAAACAAAGACUUGAAAAAAUGAAAAAGGAUGGUAAAGAUGAAUAUGCUUUAAAGCAUCAAGAAGAAGUAAUAAGAGAAUCUGCCCGAAUGGUUCCCCAUUGCACUAAUGAGUUACGAAUUGCAUACAAUGAACUGAAAAAUUUGCUGGUUGUAGCUAUGCUUCUCCUUUUUUACUGCUGUAUGAUGAAAGAGAAAGAACAACAGCCAAAAAAAAAAAAGAAAGAAAGAAAGAAAAGAAAGAAAAAAAGGAAGAAAAACAAAGAGAUUGUUUAAUAACCAAUUGAUUUGACUGCUUAUUUUUUAAUUGAAUAUUUAUUAAGAUUUCAGUAAUACUAUUGUACUAAUGUAUGGAUUUAGGUACAGUAAACAUAGUUAAAAAAUAUUAAAUUAUGUUGAUUAAUCAUUAAAAAAAAGAAUAAAACUAUGAAACCAUCAACAAAUUACGCAAUUAAAGUGGAAAGAUUACACGUAGACAUUUUUUACUCAUCAAAUUAAACAAAACAGAUAAGUAAAUCUGUUACUCAGGUAACAGAUAAGUUACGAUAUUAAAUCAUAAUAGGAAUAUUUUUAUACUUAUUUAAAAUUUAUGAAUAGAAAAGUUUGCAUUUUUCAUAAAAGCCAUAACAGUGACAUAAAUUUUCCUGAAAAAAAUAGCCAUGAAAAGAGCGAUGUUUUUAAAACGCAGCUACAAUAAACAAACUCAAUAUUUACACCAAGUUAAUAACUGAAUACAUAUACUACUUGAUAUGAU